ACAACGCAAUUCCCUCGAAAAGACCCAAGCACUGUAGCAUGACCCACUACCUCUACUUCCCCGCGCCGAUGCUCGCGCCAUGGGACAUUGUCCGCCCGCGCCACUGGUACCCGCACAUGAACCUCGAGCAGUCGCUCAUGGACUUGGAGCUGGCCGAGUUCGCGAGCGCCAUGUUCCCGCCGCGCAGCACCAGCUUGCUCCCGACGCCGACGAGCGACGACGCGUUCUUCGCCGACUUGCCGAUUGGCGCCAAUCCCGCCGCUGCGAUCCGCGCCGACGACACGGAGGCCAUGCAUACGCGCGCGUGCUCCAACUAUUCGUUUUCGACCGCGUCGGUGAUUGACGAGAAGGGCCGACGCGUGUCGAGCAUCCGCCGCCGCUACGAGGACUCGGACGGCCGUCUCAAGGCGGUGCACGAGCGCGAAGUCGACGGCAAGCGCUUCGUCACCAAGUGGUCCAAGCAGAACAAGGAGGACAAGGGCGAGCACGUGACGCAGCUCUCGGACGGCAUCGACAAGGCGGGUUUCGAAGCCCUCUGGGCCGAGACUCCGUUCCACAAGGCCCACGCCAAGCAAGCGGCCAAGGACAAGCUCGAGGCCAACGAAGACAAGACGGCGCUUGAGGAUGCGGAACCCGAGGCGCCAACGGCCUAGGUCGUCGUCGAUU